AUGGCCCCGUGGGGCAACACGUGGGGCGGAGCUGGCGAUUGGGGCAAGGGCGGAUGGGCGGAGGGAGCACGGGGCCAAGGCAAAGGAUCCGGAUGCACUUGGGGCAAGAGCAAAGGCAAGGGCAAGGGCUGCAAGUCCAAGUUUCAGGACGACGGCGACAUGUUGGAGCAGAACACGGCGGACCAAACAGGUCGCAUAUGGCGUCGCUACCAGUUGCCUCGCGCUCUGCCCCGCGCGUCGGUUGACCCAGAAUCUGGGCCGUGCUUCGUGGCAGAGAACAAAAAGCAGCGAAAGAGCGACAUGAAGAUGCUCGACGAUGAGAACUUGCUGAAGUUAUUGACCCCGAGCAAUGCCCAUUUGCUUCGCCGCGUCGGCACUGGGCUUUCCGAGACCGCGGGCAACAUCGAGGCCCUGAUCAAGGCCUUGGCCACGAUCAACAGUUUCGGCAAGGCGAAGUUCACAGCAGAGGACUACUCGAAGGCCUUCGAUACCGUGGCGACGUUCAUCAAGGAGAACGAGGAGGCAUUGGAGAAGGGCUCCAUCGCCGGCAUGGUCAUGCACGGACGAGGCUAUCUGGGGGCCUGUGCUCUCCGCCAGUUGAUCGUGUGCGUGAAGCACCCGGAGUGGUGA